AUGGCACCACCGGUUGUUAGGGUGGUUCUGCGAGUAGAUCCUCUAUUGCAAUUGGACUCACUGACAAUCCAUCAAAACAACAUUACUCUCGGAACACAUCAAUUCACAUUCGAUAAAAUCCACCCACAAAAUCAUACCCCAAAUGACAUUUAUCAGGCAAACCUUGAACCUCUUCUAGAACCCUACAUUCAAGGAGAUUCACAACCAUCGAGUGAACUAGAUCCUAGAGAGGAACAAGACGAUCAAGUACCCGUACCAUUACCAGUACCAGUACCAGAAUUAGGCAUCAUUCGUCGAUUUAGCCAGGCAUUGUUUAACCACCUUGAAGAAACGAUUUCCUCUGCAAGUGUACACGUAUCAUAUGCAAAACUUGAGAACAAUAAUGCCAAUCCCGUCGAUCUACUCCAUGCAUCAGCGCCAACAUCAGGAAUAACCGACGAAUGGGUCAUGGACACAGAUGAAUUGAUGAGUCAGUGGAGCAAGGGCAGUGUCUUGGACAAAUCAUUAGAGUCUUACGGUGUGUUCACAGUCUAUUUACGCCAACCAAGCGAAUCAAAAUGGAAUAUAGUCCGUAUUCCAGAAUCAUCUUUUGGACUGGGGCAAUUAGAAGAUAUCCUGGGCCUUACGGGACCCAGAACAACGACAACGACAACGACAACUACAACGGCGGUUGGGUUCGGUGCCAGUAGUGGCGGUGACAGUGAUUGUGACGGUGGUGAUGUAGAUAAUGCUGAUCAUCAUCCACUCAUACGGAUGCUGCAAGACAGCCUUUCUCAUGUGGUAGUUGUAACCUGCAUUUCGCCCAAACAUCAUGAAACCGAGGCACUAGAGAGUCUCCGGAACUCUGCUCGUCUACUACCCAACAACAACCAUACAAAGCAUAUCAUCAAAAACAGCCAGAACAAUAAAAACAAUCCCACACCCCAUCGCUUACGAGAUCAAGUUUCCCAUCUCCGGCUCGACUUGAAUUCCCAAAAGAACAAAAGCUUAGACGAUGAAGUGUGCCAGAUGCGGCAGGAGUUGAGACAAUUACAAUCCUUUACUCAGCAACUCUCACAUGAGUUGGCACUAACGCAGACUGAGCGAGACAGUCUAAUCUCCCGCUGUGUCUCUGCCUCUGCCUCUGUCUCUGCAGCUGCAAUAGCUAAUACAAUGGAUGAUGGAUCCGUUGAACCAAAUUCAGCUCAGCUUUUACUACUAAUGCAGCAGCAACACCAGCAACAAGCCGAAACGAUCCAGCGCUUGAAGAGAGAAGCUGCCGAAGCACAAAAGAACAAUAACACCAACAACACCAACAACAAUAAUAAUAAUAGUAGUAGUAGCAAUAGCUAUAGUAGUAACAGUAACAAUAAUGCUUAUUAUAGUUCUGGUGGUCGAAUCCAAUCCCCAAGUGGACGAACUAGUCAGGCCACUACUCCUCGUGAAGACAGUUUUUUCCGUGUUGCGUCUACCUCUUCUGGAAGACGUAAAGUAAAACAUGUCUCUGUUACCCACCGACCGAGUCUCAUCAAGCGUCGUAGUGGAAAUAAUAACCUUGGUUCCAGAUCUCCUUUGGGCGGAAGCUUUACUACCCUAAACACAGAGAGUCUUGGAGAGGUACUGGCCAUGCUGCGUCAUGAUCUUGAUGCCUGUCCUAGUACCCACAGCUCCACUGAAUUCCCCAGACGAACAGACGAUCGUACCACACAACCCUACACUGCCAAUCCUCCACCGUGGUCACAGGCCAGCGAUGAAACAGUGACACCAGACCACGCAGAGGCCAGACCACCCCGAGACCCACGUUCGAAUCCUCUCUCACCUAUGCCUGCUCUUCUUCAAGACGAUCACCUCCAAACCUCACUCGAAGACGAUCUCGAAGCGCUUGCUGUUCCUACCUGGACAGACGUUCCAAAGACUCAAUCGACGAAUGGGUCCACUAAACGAGAAUCAUUGUCCUGGACAGACUCUGUUCUAGAUGAUUCAGAUAAUUCGGUCAUAACAUCGUCUUUUUCUGGCUGGACAGCCGCCAGUCGAUCGCGCGAAGGACGCCGACACUCCAAAGACCUUCUCAAGAUGCUCCACCAGGUCCAGGCCGACGUACUGGUGAAGCGAGAGUUGGUCGGCCAGCUCGAAAAGACCGAGGAAGAGUAUACACAGAUGCGAGUGAAUUAUGAAGAGCAGCUUUCGUUACUGCACAACCAUAUCCAGGAACAAAACCAAGCGUCUUCGCCUGUAGAAUCCUCCUCAUCUUUAACCAAUCUAUCCGGGUCAAUAACAGGAUCAGUAGCCGAGCGAGAAAAGGAGCCAAGAAGAGGAAGAGGAAGAGGAAUUGGAACGGGAAUAACGGUCGUGACCGAACGCAAAGACGGCGGAACAUCAACAGGAGGAACAUCACCUCUGGUUACAACACAACCCACCCCAACGUCUACAAGGGUUGGUCUGUCUAGACCCUCUAGCGUGGCUCAAUUGAGAGAAGAGCGACUAGCCCAGGAGGUGCGGUCGCAGUACGAGUCCAAGCUGAAACGGAUGUUUAAUGAGAACCAGGACCUGCACCGCAAAUAUACCCAGACCGCAUCGACUCUCCAGACCACACGCACCAAGGGACAGGCUAUUGUGAGUCGAUUGCAAAGCACGGUUGAGACUCUAAAGGCAGAAAAGAAGCAAUUACAAAAGACGAUCCGACUAGCGGCCGAUCGUGCACGGGACACAGCUGUGGUAAACGAGCGAGAGAUACAGCAGCUGAGACGACGUGAGUUGGCUGCGCUGGAGGUGAAGAAAAGGUUGGAAGAGGCCAAUGAAGCACAGGCCCAGGUAAUCAAGCGAAAGAAUGAGGAUGUGGCUGUAGCCAACCUACAUAAUAGAUUGCUCGUCAAUGCCCUCCGGAAGGCAGCAGGCGAAGGAACCCUAUUGAAUGAGGCUGCUCUUGAUAAAAUUAUGGCUGGUGUGCAAACCAAAUUAUCCAAAACACGGCUGGCAGAUUAAAACAAAACACAGGCACACAACCACAACCACACCCACACACCCACCCACACGCGCGCGCAUAUUAUAUAUUUAUACACAACCCACACACACAAAAAAUACACUACAAAUUACACACUACACACUACACACUACACCACACACGCAUACAAAGAAAUACAAUGACAAACAAGCGUUUGUUCUCAAACUCUAUUCACAAUAUAUACAUAUAUAUCUAUAUAUUGUGAUUAUAUUUAUUUCAUGCCUCUCUCCGUCCUUACCUAUCUCUAACUAUAUCUCUAUCUCUAUCUAUACUUUUUUUUUCUUUGCUUUUCUAUAUAUCUUUAAAUCUGCCCUUUAUUUUUAUUUUUAUUGUGAUUCUUUCAAACUUUCUAUUGCAGUUGUUUGAUGUUGGUAUUGAUGUAGUGCAGGAAUCACCUCCCCCUUUUAUAUCUCUUUGUGUUUGUUGUACUUGUUCAAUUCUGUUAAUAAGAAUAAUACAUUAAAGAGAAUUAUAUUUAUGUGUAUCAAUG